AUGCCUUCCACCAUCACAUCUGCGAUCGUGUCGACGAUCACCAUCUUUGUUACUCUGACUUCCGGCAUCCCUCAGAGCCCGCCAGACAUUCCAAGCGCCAUCGAAGGUCUCUCAGAGUGUGCUCAAGGCGUCCUCUUCCCCCUGCUCGCCGACAGCCAAUGCAACCCAGGGAACUUCCCCUGCCUCUGCAUCGAGCUGGACCGCCUCGGCGCCCGCGGCAAAAUUGAAGAAGAAUGCAGCCGUGAGGAAGUAGCUCAGUAUGACGAUUUCCAAGCGCGCACCUGCCCCAACCCGGGCCGCGUCGUGACGCCUCCCAAUGUCACCGUGACCACCUCGACCAUCGUCAUCCCCAUCUCCACCGGCAUCGUUCCGACCGGCACCGGAAGCUCCAACUUCUCCACGACGAGCGGCCCCUUCAGCAACACCACCGCUACCGGCAGCCCAGUCCAACCCACCACCCCGGUCCAACCCACCAUCCCCGUCGAACCCUCGCUCACCACUUCCGAAGUACUCAUCCCGACCACGGGUGCCAACGGCGAGCCCACAACCAUCACCUCGCAAGUCGUCAGCCCUGUCCAGCCUACCAGUCCGUCAGGACCAGAGUUCACAGGCGCUGCUGCCGCUGUGGAGGCGCCGGAGUUUGGAACCGGACGCAUGGGGCUUAUUGCGGGGGCUAUCGGAUUGAUGGGCUUGGUGUUUGCCGAGCUGUGA